AAAAAUGCCGCAACAGGAUUUUUGAGUUGUGCAAGUAGUCUUAGAAGUCUAAUCGUAAAAUAAUCUUAUCUCAGGGAUUUGUGGUGUGAUUUUUAUUUUUAUUUUUACACUUCAUGUUCAUGACUUAAAUACUGCAUGAAAUGGUUAUUGAUCCACAUUUUUCUUUGCUUUCUACAAUCAAUUAACAUGCUCAAUGGGAUUUCCUGACCAUACUUUAUAUUUUUAGUCAAAUUAUUUUCGUCAAGUUAUCAAUUGUUAUAGUGCAAAAAAUGUUUACUACAUCUUCAACUAAUUCUGACACAACAACACCACCCUCUUCGGUGAAAUUAUUAUCUAUUGACGAACAUGCUCAAAAAAUACAAUUUAAUACUAGUCAAGAUACUAAUAAUCUUACAAGUGAUUCUUUGUGUAUUGAUUCAUCUGAACGUGGAACUCAGGAACUUUUAAAUAGCAUACAUCAUAACAGUCCAAUUAGCAAUAACAAUAAUAGCAAUUGCAUACUAAAUUUAAACAGUAAGGCUACCUCAUUUCAUUCAAGUAUAUCAGACCUUUCAUUAUUAUCAUCAUCAUCGUCCCUUUUUCAUUGUGAAAAUUGUCCUAUAUGUGGAGACAAGGUAUCUGGUUAUCACUAUGGCCUUCCUACAUGUGAAUCUUGUAAAGGAUUUUUCAAACGUACUGUGCAAAACAAGAAAGAAUAUCAUUGUAAUGAACAAGGAAAUUGUGUUGUUGAUAGAUUACAUAGGAAAAGAUGUGCUUAUUGCCGAUUCCAGAAGUGCUUAAUUGUUGGUAUGCGGGUAGAAGCUGUUCGUGAAGAUAGAAUGAGAGGUGGACGUAGUCGACGUGGACGUUCAUCCUACUGUGUUGUAACAACACCGAAUUCCAGCAAUAGUAAUAAUAACAAUAAUGAUUCUAAAAUGGAUAAUAUAAAAUGUUUACUUUCAUCUAACUCUGUGAUGUAUUCAAAAUCUGUUGACAGUGAGCUAUACAGUAGUAUUACUCCUCCUCCACUUUCUCAUACUUCUACUAUCCAUGUUAACAAUAUUCAUCCUUCGAACAGUGGCAUUGACAUUUCCAAUAAUAUUACAACAUCAGUUCCAUAUGAGAAAGACUACUGUAACAGACGAUCACCAAUAAUUAUCCCAUCAUUAUGCACAGUGAGUAAAACGAUAUGUGAAGCAAACUUGGUCGCAAGUUCUUUAUCCUUAACGAAUUCAGUUCCACAAGUUACAACAACAUGUACUACAACAGUGACAGUAUCACCAAGUCAUUCAUCUUUGUUGUAUGAAUCUAACCUAUUUAACCCAAACUAUUCUCAAAAUAUAUUUAAUCUGAAACCUGUAUCGUCAGUUGAAGAAAUGAGCACUGAGAAUGAUCAUUUAUCAACAUCAUCGUCAUCAUCAUCAAUAUCAAAGCAUUCGAAUUGUCAAAAUGAUUCUAGAACUAAUUCAUACAAUAUUUCAUCGGUUAACUCUUGUUCUUCUUCAAGUCCAAUUUAUCAUCAAACAUCACUUAAGCCUAUUGAUCAUUCAAAUAUCGAUAUGUCCGGUAGUUGUUCUACUGUUAUUUGUAGUUUAACAACAACUCCUGUCAUCAUCACUGAUUCUGUGAAUUCAGUUUCAAUUAAAUCUUCUGUUAAUAAUACUACCGAUUCUAUUAUGAAUAUUGCUUCUUCAUCUACCGGCAUAUCUACGGAUACAUACACAAGUAUGGUUAAUCUACCUUUCAAUGAUUCUUUGGUUUGUCGAAGUUAUUCUCAUUUACCUACAUGUACCAUGAAUUCUCCAGGCUUCAUUGAUUUAACCCAGAAACUUCCCGGUACUACUACUACUAUUACCACUGCUACCACCACCACGAAUACUACAACAACAGAAACAUUGAAGUCAAUGAGUUUAUCAUCUUCAUCAGCAUCAUUGUUAUCAUGUUCUACUGGGAUGCGUUCUUCUAAUCCAGAUUUUGUUGAUUUGUCAAAUUCAGAUCCGAAACGUUUACGUUUAUGCUUUACAGACAUAAAUAGUACUAUUUUUGCGACUGCUGCUAAUUCCACCACCACUACUACUACUACUAUUACUCCUACUACUGCACAUGUUGACAUCAGUGUAUGUAAUGAAACAAGGGAGCUAAAUAAUUAUCAACAAUUUCCUUCUUAUCUGUUAAAUGAUUCUUAUGAUCAAUGUUCACACUAUCAAGUUAAUAAUAACAAUAAUAAUAGUCGAAUCCAAUCACAUGUUAAAAUCUCUUCUCCAUUAAUAUCGAUUCCAUCAUUAACAAAAGGUGUAUCUUCAACAUCAUCUACAAGUGUUUGGUAUCCAUCAUGCCUUGGAAUUGUAAAUUCUUCUGAACCAUCUUUUGUCCCAACAUCAUCGGAACUACAUGACUCGUCCGUAAUGAAUGAAUGUUCUAGUUAUCUUCAAAUUAUGGACGCAAAUUAUCAUCCGUUAUUAAAAGAUACUCCCCGAUCGACGUCAGUUUAUUUAAAUCCUAAUCUUCCUACUUCGUCCUCAUCAGUUAUGCAUCCUUCAAAUCUUGUACUACCAAAUGUCCAUGAUAGUCCUAGUCAUGGUGAUAGUUCUUGCAAUAGCAACACAUCUAUUGUUUCUACUCCUGUUUCUGCAACUGUAAAUACUACUUCUCCUGUCAUUAACAACAACAGUGAUAGUGCUUCACAAUUGUCGUUACAUACCGAUAAUCCUAGUCACUCUAUUCCAUCGUUUUGUCAUAAUUCUCAACAAAAUUCUAAAUUACAUUUAGUUUAUAAUCAACCACAUUCUAGUUUUGGUAGUCCAGUUGUUUGUAGUUUAUCUGAAUCAUCUAGCUUGAAUUUAUGUGGAAAUAUGCUCAAUACUACUACUAAAUCUACAAGUAACCCUAGUAAUUCAUGUUUACCUUUUAACUUCGUUAAAAACACUUCAUCUUUUCUCAAUGAUAAUGGUAUUAAUAAUCAUUUGUAUUCACUAACCUCUUCUAUCCAUGAUAGCCAGUAUCAUCAAAACAUACGACAACAAAUAAAAGCUCCACUUAUUGUGUCUCCUUCACUUCUUCCUUCUCUCCCUUCUCUUUCUAACCAUCCUUAUCCCCAAUUGACCAAUGAACAUUUGAUGAAUACUGCCACAUCACAUACACAAAUGAUGAUGAAUUCCACCUCAAUCAAUCAGUCAAAUCCCACAGAUUUUAUCGAGACUGAAUCAAUAAAAACAGAGCGUGGUGAAUCAGAAGGUGGAGGAUCAAGUGAAUCUGAAGUAUCUUAUGAUUAUGGCGGUGUCAGAACUAGUGAUAAUUUAAAAAGUGCUAACAAUCACAACAGUAAUAAUAAUACCUAUUCCACUGCUAGCAAUACGAACAAUGGAAGCUUUAAAUUGAUCAAUAAUGAAUUAUUAACAAAUAAAAAAUAUGAUUGUAACAUUGAUGAGAUUCCAGAUGAUGAUUAUCUGACAGGUGAUGAUACUGAUGGGGACGAUUGUACAGAUAGUACUCUUGAUGAUGAAGAAGAUACUGAUUACGAUGAGGUGGACGAGUAUGAUGAUGAUGAUGAUGAUACGGAAAAUGAUAUUGAUGAUCCUGAUAGGGAUUUUGAUGAUGAAGAUAGAGAGGAUGAUGAACUCAGUGGUGGUGGUUGUGGUAUUACUAGCAUAGGAGGAGCAGGUGGAAGAGAUAUCCUUGAGAUAUCUGAAGGUACUGGUCAUUCUAGUUUUACUUGUUCCACGUCAUCUUACCAUAAAUCAGAAUAUGAAAGUGAAUCAAAUCAUACUGGUGCUACUACUUCUCAUCUUAAUACUACUAUUUCUUCUACUACCACUAAUACUACUAAUAAUAAUACAAAUAAAGUUACUAACUAUGGUAACAAUAAUGAGAUUUUAUUUAAAAAUAAUCCGACUACCCAUGCAAAUGGCUUUAGAUUUGGACAGAUAUUUACAACAUCGGUAGAACAUGAUUACAAAGUUGUGGAAGUUGUUCAAAAAUUUAUCCCUAAAUUAAAACGCAGUCUCUUUGAAUUAUGCUCAUUUUUAAAAUCCGAAAAUCUCGAACUGACGAAUAGCAGUACAACCACAAUACUAUCAUCCUCUUCCUCUACGUCAUUAUCACGAAACGAAAUAAUCAAUGAACGCAUCAAUACGGAGCCUGUGUUAAUGUUUAGAGAAUCGUCUGUAGGAAAUUUUUCAAAUCCCAUCUUGCCAUUGUCACCAUCUUCACUUGUACAUGAAUCACAGCCGCAUAAUAAUGAUAUUGGUUCUCAGGUAAAAUCAGUUAGUCAUUUUGACUCGGCUGAAUCCAGUGUGCCAAUCUUUAAAAAUAAUAAAGCAAAUUGUUUUCCAACACUUGGUACUUCUUCUCCUUCAACUGCUCAAAUAAAUGAAAAUAGUACUACAAUUAUUAAUCCCUAUUUAGACGAUUUAUUGUCUUCCUUAUGUUCAUUAUUAGAAACGUGUUUAUUUUAUUUGGUGGAUUGGAUGGCUCAAAUGGAAUCGUUUAAAGUAUUACCGGUUGAAGAUAAAAUGCAAUUGUUGAAUAGUAGUUGGAGUGAAAUUAUCCUACUAGAGUUUAUUCAUUUUUAUGUAACACAUUUAAAUAAUGCUAAACGAACAAAUACAAUAUUAACUGAUUCUAAAAGACGUUGUAAAAAUGCCAUGGAUCCAUUGAAUGUUUGCUCAUCGUUAUUUCCAAUUAAUACAAAUUCUAUUAAUUGUAAUGAAAAUAACCCAUUAACUGCUACCACUACUACUAAUAUCACAGCGACAGCACCAACAACAUCAUCUUCGUUACUGUCUCAUUCUUCUGUAUCUAUGGAAAUAUGUGAUCUUAUUGAAAAUCUAUUAAAUAAUCUUCUAGGUGGUGUCGAUAAUUGUGGUGGUGGUCAAUCAGACUUAAAACAUAAAUUGAAUGAUUUAUUGACAAUAUUUCAAAAACUUCAGUUGGAUAAUAAAGAAUUUACUUGUUUGAAAUUUAUUGUUUUGUUUAAUCCUUUAAAACAUGAUACCUUUCUAACAUCAAACUUAAGUUAUGCCUUGAAAAUUCAGGGAAAAUUUUGUCAUUUCUUAUUGAAACGUUCACGAAGAUUUCUACGUUCAAUAAAUGAAUCCAGUGAAUCUCAAAAACUAGAUCAUGAAUCACCAAAUGAAUUGAAUACUCUUCUUCUACCAGACAGAUAUGGUCAAAUUUUGUUAGAAUUAGCAGAAGUUAAAUUUCUUGCUUUCCAGUUAGAAAGUUUUUUACUAAUGCGAUAUAGACUUGGUAAAAUACCAAAUGAAAGUUUAUUAAGUGAAAUGUUGUUAACAAAACGUAGUCGAGUUUCACUUCCUGUACAACCAUCUUAUUGUAAUCUGAUGACAUCAUCAAUGAAAUCACCACCAUCAAUAACAUCAUCGUAUGUAAUACCAACAUGUCAGUUUGCAUAUACCAAUGUUAACUCAAAAGUCAUUCCCACACCAUCAUUAUCUACGGACGCUGAUUAUCGAUCAAAUGAUGAAGUGAUAAAACAUAAUCAAGCUUCUUCAUUAUGUACAAAUAAUCUGAAUAAUGGUACUACAAUGAUGGUAAAUGCUACAGGAAGCUUAUCUACUACACCAUUUACUUCUCCUAUUCCUUCAACUUUCCCACUUACUUCUCUUCAUUCGCCCACUUCUAUUCCUCAAUUCAGCAAUAGAAAUAACAAUUGUAAUAAUAAUGACGCAUCAUUAUUGAAAAACAUUGAUUCACAGUUGUCUUGUACAGCAUUUCUUAAUUCUUAUACUAAUUCUCCGUUAUAUACUCCAACUACUACAAAUCAACUGGUUUAUAAUCAUUGUUUUAUUAACAAUGAUGACCAUGUUAUUACUGCAAAUAAUAUUAACAGAUUUAAUGAACAACUGCACGAGUCCUUAUCAACAGUGACAACAAUGCCGGCGACAACAACAACAACACUCGUAAAUCAUGCCUCAAUAUUGUCAUGAAAAGCAUUUAUUCUUUUUUCUACUUCUCCUUGCUCGUCUAUUUGUUGCUUUAUUUGUAAUCUUAUAUUCUUGUCUAUUUGGGAAGGGAAAGAGAACUACAAGUAAGGCAGGAAGGACUGUUAUCGUCUUUCCAUCUGACAUGUUAACUCCACUUACAUAACUUGUGUUUGAAGAAUUCUAUUUUCAAUGUUUCUAAUCUGAAUAGAAAUAGAUCUAUAGUUUCUCUUUAACAUGUAUAUGUUAGUGUGUACUCUGUGUACAGAUGAACAAGGAAAAUGAAAACUUGAAGAAAUUUGAAUUUCAUGAUGAUGAUGAUUAUGACAAGUGAGAUUGAAAUUGAAAAAACCACAAUAAUACUGCAUUAUUGUUGCUUUCUUUGUUGUUAUAAUACUUUCUGUAACCAGCUGUGUUUAUAUUGUAUUCGUAUGUACUAGGCUGUGAAUUAAAUAUUUUACAUAUUUACCUCCAAUAAUAGGAUUAUUAUUUGGUAUCUACGACUAUACAAGUAGGAAGCGAUACAUUUAAUUACUUUACCACUAUUGCACAGACAUACAGAAAUAAAUACAAUCAAAAAUACUAAUCUACCUCAUAUUCCCAUCUGCAAAGAAAGACUCAACUUAGAUCCUUCAUCCUCUUCACCGUAUAAUAUUUCGUCAACUUAAAGACAAACUGUGUAUUUCACUUAUCUAUACAUAUAUUCACAAAUAGGCACAUAUCUGCUCAUUACGCACAUACAUGCAGUUGCUGUCAGGCCUAGUAUUUUCUAAUUCAACACAAAUAAACGUAGCUCAGUGUAUGAGUGCAUUUCAACAGGAGUAUUUUUCCCUCUUCUUCUUUCUGUCUUCCGAAUUAUUCUUCCUAUUUUAAGCCUUUUUACAACUGAGCUCAGGUUCAUUUAGUUUUUUUGCCCUUUUUUGUAGAAUAAAUUACACUAAACAACAAUACCAAUGAAAUGAGAACAUUUUCCAUAUGUAUGGAAAGGUUGUUAUUGUUCCUGUCACCGUUAUUGUUGCAUUUAGAAUCUAAUUAUGCGUGUGUAUGCGAUUUCUCCCUAAUUUUGUGCUACUCUCAUUUCAUUUUAGUCUUCUAAUUUUCGUUUAAUAUAUCGUAUGUUGUGUUUAUAUUCAUUCAAAUGUUAAUAGUGUAUAUGUGUUGAUAUUGAUCUAAUAUAUAUAUUUUGGUACUCAUCUUUUGUCGUCAUCAUCACCAUCAUUGUUGUUGUUGUUAUCUCACUGAGACAAAAAAAACAUCGCUUCAGUUCCUCCUCCAACGUUAUCUUUCCAACUUCCCUACUCGUCUACUUAUUAUUUCCAUCUUUUUUCAUUCUUCUUUUAUAUGAGAAACUGUACAAGACAAUCAUUAUCAACCAUCAUGAUUUUUGUUUUUUUUCAUCGAGGAAACCAAACAUUUUCAUAAUACUUUUGUCAAGUGUUAUCUUGUCUGUAGUCGAUUAAAGAAAUAAAUCAACUUGUAAGAUGUAGUGAAUAAUGUUUUUUGUGAAGAGUUUCAUUAGUAGUUUUUUUCAAUCAUACUAUUUUGAUUAUGUACAGAGGUAUUUCAUCUUUAUUUUCUUUUGAUCUGUCUGCAAUUAAUUUUUAAAUAGAUGAAUAUAAUAAUUGUAUGUCUAUGAUGUAUUGCCUUUAUCACUUUCCCACCGGCUGCCAAUCUCACGUCAUUUAUACUUUUCUUCCGUUAAUCUACCUCGAAUAUUUAUAUAUUCUAAUGUAAUUAUACCGUUAGUAUGUAGAUAUUUUUUAGCUGUACUCCUUUUUUUAUAAACUUAUAUAUUAGUUAUAGAAAAUUUACCAAGAAAUGCUCAUUCUCCGGCUAGCAUCAACUGUCAUCAGUCUUUUCUGUAGACAGAUCGUCGCUCAAUUUCUCUUAUUUAUACGUUGUAUUUAGCCAGUUAAUCAAUCUAGGACAGGAUUUUUUUCCUCUUUAUCCCAAUGUCUUCUCUUCUGUUUUUGUGUGUUUAAGAUAUUUUGCUUUUUUCACAUACCUCUACACAGUGUACACUAUGUGUAAAUAUAUUGCGUAGUUUUGUGUACAAAUUAUUUUCUUUGUUUGUGCGUGUAUAUCUUGGGUGCAUUUUUUGAGACAGGCUAAUAAGUAUAUAUAUAUUCAUGUUCACACUCAGGAGUAAUCAAGUCUACCUCGGAAUUUUGUCGGUAUUAUGCAAUAGGUUUCUGGUAGUAAUAAUGUUAAUUAUAGGUGAGAAGAAUAGAAAUUCAAGUCUUGUUAAUCUUUUGUUUGUCCGACUAUUUAUUUUUCCCUUCAUUUCACACACACACACACCUUUCUUCACUUUGUUCAUCUCACGACAUAAGAGUAAAAGGUCAUGUAUUAAAGAAAAUCAUUGAAAACUGUUUAUUUUACUCAGCUAAAAUAUUUCAACUUUUGUUUAAUUAGUACGUAACUGAAAUGUUGACAAACACUACAAUUAGAAUUACCACCUAAAGGACUAAUUGUACGAAGCAAACAAUUCUAUUGUUUCUUUUUCUCAUAUUUCCCAUUCUUAUAAAUUUAUUGAACCUGGAUUGCAUUGUUUCCUUAGUAGUCCAAUUGCUCUUACCUCCUCCUUCAACUCUCCUUUGUGUACUUAUACUUUUUCCCUCAUUGUUUAUUAGGUAAAAGUGUGCGUUAACAUUGGACUGAAGAGACCACGCCUCUUUUGUUUUAUUCCUCCUGCUUUAUCUUUCUUGUCAUCUGUUUCUCUCAUCUUUAGCAUAUGUAUACUUUUUGUUCAGGCAGCUAUACACGUUAUACACUUAUCUAUCUAUUGUUAAAAAAGAAUUCGACUUUUAUAAUAGCGAUGGUGAUUAUCAUACUCAUGUUAAGAUAAUCUGAGGUAGGCAAGUUAACUCUUCAUUUUAUCUUUCAUAUCGUAACUUUUUCCCUCAUUCUCUUUCUUUUGUUGCGGUGGUUGCCACAUUCUCUUUUCCUGUUCAACCCCCUCUCAGUGUUGCUUGUUUGUGUUAUUUAAUAUUUCUUUUUACUGUUAUCAUAACUAUCACUACUACUAGUAUUAUUAUUAUUAUAAAUGACUGAAGAAAAACGAAAAAAUAAAAUGAAUUUUGUG